CUAUUUUCACAAGAACAAACUGACGAAGCGUAAGACACUGUAACUUUCACUGUAUGAUUCAUUUGUUUUUGAAACUUCUGUUUACAUUUCAAAAAUACCGGCAUGGAUCUUAAUAUAUGUUUAGAACCUGGUGAAAAUUAUGAAGCUGAUGUAAAAAAUCUUAUUCAACGAGCGUUUGAUUUUGGUUACGAAUGUAUCGCAUUGAAUACAGUCCUUGAUUCAUCCGAAGUAACGGGUAAAAAAAUAAAUAUUCCAGAACCUAAAAUCGUCGAUUUUAAAGUAAAGACAUCUAGAAAUUUUCGUAUAUUAACUCGAUUAACUGCUGUCAUUAAAGAUGGCAUGCAUGUUCACCACAUAUUAAACUCUCCUAUUACCAAGAAAUAUGACAUUCUUGCUUUUCAGCCAGUCGGUAGUAAUAUGCUUCAUAAAGUUUCGGAAUUUGAUGUUGAUAUCAUCAGCCUAAAUUUGACUGAAGACUUUGGAUUUCGGCUGAAAAAAACUUUCGUUGGUCCUUUAAUUAAUAAAGGUAAAUGCCUUGAAAUAACUUACGCUCCUUGCUUAAGAGAUCAAACUAUGAAAAGGCGUACCAUUAGUAACUCUCAGCUUCUUGUUGAGGUUACAAAGAGUAAAAACCUCAUUAUAUCUAGUGGUGCAACUAAACCUCUUGAGCUUAGGUCUGUCGAAGAUGUUGAGAAUUUAGGUUUACUUUUUGGUUUGAAAAGAAAUGAAGCUCAUGCAGCUGUUCGUAAAAAUGGUAAGCUUGUUCUAUCUCACGCCGGGACUCGAUCAAAGACUGGUUGUGGUAUUGUAUCCAUUACUGGAAUGAUUAAUUUGCCUAAACAUCAAGGUUGGAUAAUUCAUGCGUGCAAAGUUCCUAAGCCAUCAAAUACGUCCGCAAAGUUAACUGAUAAGCGACAACGAGAAGCUGAUUCUAAGAAUGAUAAAUCACGUAAAAAAAAUAAAGUUGAUAGUUAAAACUUUUUUUGUAUUAUCACUUAUUUCAUUAAAAUUAUGUUGCUUA